AUGACAACUAGUGUUGUAUACACAACUACCCCAGAGUCAACUACUGUGGAAGAGACUACUACAGUACGGAGUACCACUGAAGAGAGUACAACAGCUCCUCCAAGUACAACUGAGAAGGCAACUACUCGUGUGACAACUACAAAGGCUCCUUCAACAACUGCCCCACCUUCCACAACUGCUCCACCUCCAACAACUGCCCCACCUUCAACAACCAAGGAGGUGACAACAGUUGUUACAACUACUCCCGAAUCAACCACAAGGGCGGUCACCACAGUGGAAGCUACAACAGAAGCCUCCACUACAGAAGCAGUGACAACUGUUGUUACCAGAACAGCUACUUCUAUAGUUCCAUCAACUACUUUUGCACCAUCAACUACUGAGGAGAUGACAACUAGUGUUGUAUACACAACUACCCCAGAGUCAACUACUGUGGAAGAGACUACUACAGUACGGAGUACCACUGAAGAGAGUACAACAGCUCCUCCAAGUACAACUGAGAAGGCAACUACUCGUGUGACAACUACAAAGGCUCCUUCAACAACUGCCCCACCUUCCACAACUGCUCCACCUCCAACAACUGCCCCACCUUCAACAACCAAGGAGGUGACAACAGUUGUUACCACUACUCCUGAAUCAACCACAAGGGCGGUCACCACAGUGGAGGCUACAACAGAAGCCUCCACUACAGAAGCAGUGACAACUGUUGUUAAUAGAACAGCUACUUCUAUAGUUCCAUCAACUACUUUUGCACCAUCAACUACUGAGGAGAUGACAACUAGUGUUGUGUACACAACUACCCCAGAGUCAACUACUGUGGAAGAGACUACUACAGUACGGAGUACCACUGAAGAGAGUACAACAGCUCCUCCAAGUACAACUGAGAAGGCAACUACUCGUGUGACAACUACAAAGGCUCCUUCAACAACUGCCCCACCUUCCACAACUGCUCCACCUCUAACAACUGCCCCACCUUCAACAACCAAGGAGGUGACAACAGUUGUUACCACUACUCCUGAAUCAACCACAAGGGCGGUCACCACAGUGGAAGCUACAACAGAAGCCUCCACUACAGAAGCAGUGACAACUGUUGUUAAUAGAACAGCUACUUCUAUAGUUCCAUCAACUACUUUUGCACCAUCAACUACUGAGGAGAUGACAACUAGUGUUGUGUACACAACUACCCCAGAGUCAACUACUGUGGAAGAGACUACUACAGUACGGAGUACCACUGAAGAGAGUACAACAGCUCCUCCAAGUACAACUGAGAAGGCAACUACUCGUGUGACAACUACAAAGGCUCCUUCAACAACUGCCCCACCUUCCACAACUGCUCCACCUCCAACAACUGCCCCACCUUCAACAACCAAGGAGGUGACAACAGUUGUUACCACUACUCCUGAAUCAACCACAAGGGCGGUCACCACAGUGGAAGCUACAACAGAAGCCUCCACUACAGAAGCAGUGACAACUGUUGUUAAUAGAACAGCUACUUCUAUAGUUCCAUCAACUACUUUUGCACCAUCAACUACUGAGGAGAUGACAACUAGUGUUGUGUACACAACUACCCCAGAGUCAACUACUGUGGAAGAGACUACUACAGUACGGAGUACCACUGAAGAGAGUACAACAGCUCCUCCAAGUACAACUGAGAAGGCAACUACUCGUGUGACAACUACAAAGGCUCCUUCAACAACUGCCCCACCUUCCACAACUGCUCCACCUCCAACAACUGCCCCACCUUCAACAACCAAGGAGGUGACAACAGUUGUUACCACUACUCCUGAAUCAACCACAAGGGCGGUCACCACAGUGGAAGCUACAACAGAAGCCUCCACUACAGAAGCAGUGACAACUGUUGUUAAUAGAACAGCUACUUCUAUAGUUCCAUCAACUACUUUUGCACCAUCAACUACUGAGGAGAUGACAACUAGUGUUGUGUACACAACUACCCCAGAGUCAACUACUGUGGAAGAGACUACUACAGUACGGAGUACCACUGAAGAGAGUACAACAGCUCCUCCAAGUACAACUGAGAAGGCAACUACUCGUGUGACAACUACAAAGGCUCCUUCAACAACUGCCCCACCUUCCACAACUGCUCCACCUCCAACAACUGCCCCACCUUCAACAACCAAGGAGGUGACAACAGUUGUUACCACUACUCCUGAAUCAACCACAAGGGCGGUCACCACAGUGGAGGCUACAACAGAAGCCUCCACUACAGAAGCAGUGACAACUGUUGUUAAUAGAACAGCUACUUCUAUAGUUCCAUCAACUACUUUUGCACCAUCAACUACUGAGGAGAUGACAACUAGUGUUGUGUACACAACUACCCCAGAGUCAACUACUGUGGAAGAGACUACUACAGUACGGAGUACCACUGAAGAGAGUACAACAGCUCCUCCAAGUACAACUGAGAAGGCAACUACUCGUGUGACAACUACAAAGGCUCCUUCAACAACUGCCCCACCUUCCACAACUGCUCCACCUCCAACAACUGCCCCACCUUCAACAACCAAGGAGGUGACAACAGUUGUUACCACUACUCCUGAAUCAACCACAAGGGCGGUCACCACAGUGGAAGCUACAACAGAAGCCUCCACUACAGAAGCAGUGACAACUGUUGUUAAUAGAACAGCUACUUCUAUAGUUCCAUCAACUACUUUUGCACCAUCAACUACUGAGGAGAUGACAACUAGUGUUGUGUACACAACUACCCCAGAGUCAACUACUGUGGAAGAGACUACUACAGUACGGAGUACCACUGAAGAGAGUACAACAGCUCCUCCAAGUACAACUGAGAAGGCAACUACUCGUGUGACAACUACAAAGGCUCCUUCAACAACUGCCCCACCUUCCACAACUGCUCCACCUCCAACAACUGCCCCACCUUCAACAACCAAGGAGGUGACAACAGUUGUUACCACUACUCCUGAAUCAACCACAAGGGCGGUCACCACAGUGGAAGCUACAACAGAAGCCUCCACUACAGAAGCAGUGACAACUGUUGUUAAUAGAACAGCUACUUCUAUAGUUCCAUCAACUACUUUUGCACCAUCAACUACUGAGGAGAUGACAACUAGUGUUGUGUACACAACUACCCCAGAGUCAACUACUGUGGAAGAGACUACUACAGUACGGAGUACCACUGAAGAGAGUACAACAGCUCCUCCAAGUACAACUGAGAAGGCAACUACUCGUGUGACAACUACAAAGGCUCCUUCAACAACUGCCCCACCUUCCACAACUGCUCCACCUCCAACAACUGCCCCACCUUCAACAACCAAGGAGGUGACAACAGUUGUUACCACUACUCCUGAAUCAACCACAAGGGCGGUCACCACAGUGGAGGCUACAACAGAAGCCUCCACUACAGAAGCAGUGACAACUGUUGUUAAUAGAACAGCUACUUCUAUAGUUCCAUCAACUACUUUUGCACCAUCAACUACUGAGGAGAUGACAACUAGUGUUGUGUACACAACUACCCCAGAGUCAACUACUGUGGAAGAGACUACUACAGUACGGAGUACCACUGAAGAGAGUACAACAGCUCCUCCAAGUACAACUGAGAAGGCAACUACUCGUGUGACAACUACAAAGGCUCCUUCAACAACUGCCCCACCUUCCACAACUGCUCCACCUCCAACAACUGCCCCACCUUCAACAACCAAGGAGGUGACAACAGUUGUUACCACUACUCCUGAAUCAACCACAAGGGCGGUCACCACAGUGGAAGCUACAACAGAAGCCUCCACUACAGAAGCAGUGACAACUGUUGUUAAUAGAACAGCUACUUCUAUAGUUCCAUCAACUACUUUUGCACCAUCAACUACUGAGGAGAUGACAACUAGUGUUGUGUACACAACUACCCCAGAGUCAACUACUGUGGAAGAGACUACUACAGUACGGAGUACCACUGAAGAGAGUACAACAGCUCCUCCAAGUACAACUGAGAAGGCAACUACUCGUGUGACAACUACAAAGGCUCCUUCAACAACUGCCCCACCUUCCACAACUGCUCCACCUCCAACAACUGCCCCACCUUCAACAACCAAGGAGGUGACAACAGUUGUUACCACUACUCCUGAAUCAACCACAAGGGCGGUCACCACAGUGGAAGCUACAACAGAAGCCUCCACUACAGAAGCAGUGACAACUGUUGUUAAUAGAACAGCUACUUCUAUAGUUCCAUCAACUACUUUUGCACCAUCAACUACUGAGGAGAUGACAACUAGUGUUGUGUACACAACUACCCCAGAGUCAACUACUGUGGAAGAGACUACUACAGUACGGAGUACCACUGAAGAGAGUACAACAGCUCCUCCAAGUACAACUGAGAAGGCAACUACUCGUGUGACAACUACAAAGGCUCCUUCAACAACUGCCCCACCUUCCACAACUGCUCCACCUCCAACAACUGCCCCACCUUCAACAACCAAGGAGGUGACAACAGUUGUUACCACUACUCCUGAAUCAACCACAAGGGCGGUCACCACAGUGGAAGCUACAACAGAAGCCUCCACUACAGAAGCAGUGACAACUGUUGUUACCAGAACAGCUACUUCUAUAGUUCCAUCAACUACUUUUGCACCAUCCACUACUGAGGAGAUGACAACUAGUGUUGUGUACACAACUACCCCAGAGUCAACUACUGUGGAAGAGACUACUACAGUACGGAGUACCACUAAAGAGAGUACAACAGCUCCUCCAAGUACAACUGAGAAGGCAACUACUCGUGUGACAAUUACAAAGGCUCCUUCAACAACUGCCCCACCUUCCACAACUGCUCCACCUCCAACAACUGCCCCACCUUCAACAACCAAGGAGGUGACAACAGUUGUUACCACUACUCCUGAAUCAACCACAAGGGCGGUCACCACAGUGGAGUCUACAACAGGUAAGGCUUUUAUCAAUAAGGUGCCUGAUUCGGGAUCAGUAAAUCAUUUCAGUUAG